CAUGCAAUUUAUAGUGUCGGAAUCCUGUAACGGUCCUGGUCCUGGAACGCCGCAUCUCACCCACACCAUCGAGAUGCAGCGGGUGGACUGGCGUCGCAUUGUCGGCGUGGAUGCUGACAAGGCGCCACCAGAGACGCUGCAGUCGUUGCUGCAGAACAUUGCGUUCUGCGACAUUGAAACGGAACAUCUGGCUGGCGUCGACGCAAACUUCAUCACGCUGUUCAAGCUGGCGCAGAGAUGCAUCCGGUACGUGUUGGACUCGCAGGAGCAGCUUAUCCAACAAGUCGACGACCUCAAGGGCCAACUCACCAAAGCAAAGCAGGACAACCAGAGGCUUGCUGAAAAGUACACCAAGGCAAAGAGUAACAUUCGGCGCCUGCAAAAGUCGUUCCAGACGCUCUCCUCGCAACCACAACGCAUCGUCUACCAGUGUGAGUUGUGCAGCAAGACCUUUGUGUCGCAGAGCCACGUCAUCUCGCACGUGACGCGCAAGCACAGCGACCUGCUUGGGCUGUCGGAGCCCCUCGACCACGUUGUCAAGCUGCAGCCUACCGCUGUACAGCAGGAACAACAGCAGCAACAGCAGCAACAACAGCAACAGCAGAAGAACAAUGCGCUUCAGGAUGAGGUGGACAGACUGCAGCGACAGCUGGCGGCAACGCAGCACAAGCUCGAGGACACAGAGGCGACAUAUGCGCGGACGGUGAAGGCGCUUGAGGUGCAGCUGCGGGAUGAUGCUGCCGAGCACGACCGGCACCUGCGCAACACCAUGGCAGAUAUGGCCAGGAAGCAGGAGGACGCCAUCAGGCGCUUGGAGGCGCAGCUUAUCGACGCCUCCAGCAUCAGCGAGCAGCCCGCCGCCGCCGCUGCUGCUGCCGAUGCGCACCACCAGCACCACCCACAUACCGGGCCUGAUGUUGAGCGGCUGAUUGCUGCAAACGAGCGCUUACAGGCGCAGCAGGAGCAGAUGCAGCGCCAACUCGCCGCCGUCACACACCAGGCGCAUGCUGGUGCAGCGGACACCCGUGUUUCAGACACAACGGAGAUGAGGAGAGAGAUGCUCAGCUUCCAGCAGGAGCUGAUGGCAGCGUUGCAGCGGCAACAGCUCGCAUCCGCCGUCGCUUCAACGCAUCCGUACCCGCGACACAGAUCAACCAAGGUACCGCGGGCUGCGGGUGCGAGCGGCUCUGAGACGAACAGCGAUGUGGAUGAAGGUCGCCCGUCACCUCCACCCCCAUCGCGCCGCCACCGCCGCGCACACACGCGCAGGGAGGCAGCAACACCCUCGCCAACACCUGCGAGUCGUGGUGGCGGUGGGCGGAGAGGAAUUCUUGCGCGGCUGAAGAGUUUCAGUUUCGUGGACAGACAGCGGAGCAAAGACGGAACAGACGACGAUGAUGAUGACAAUAGGGAGUUGGAGGAGGAGGAGAAGGGGCGUGGUGGUCGUGCUGUGCGCGGAGGUGCAGAUGACGAAGAGGGAGGCAGCAGUGGCGGUGAUGGUGAUGAUGAUGAUGAUGAUGAUGGUGAUGAUGGUGAUGUGCAGGGGAAGAGGCGAGGAGGAAACGAGAAGGCAGGAAAGCAGAAGCAGCAGGAACAGAAGAGGCAGCAGCGGAAGAAGAAGAAGAAGAAAACAGAAGGAAGAGCAACACCCGCAGGAAGGGAUGCGGAGGAGGAGGUAGCAGGUGUUGUUCGGGCGGUGAGCGAUGUGUGGACCACCAGCGAAGAGGAGGAGGAGGAGGGCGAGGGGGAGGAAGGCAAGGUGACACGCAAGGCAAAGGAGGAGGAGAAGAAGAAGAAAAAGACGAGGACGAAGACAAAGAAAGACAGGGAAGAUGCAGCCCGGGACGAAGCAGACAGUGACACAGCUGGGAGGAGGAGGAGGGAGAAGGGGGAGGAAGACACGGGCGAUGAAGGUGCAGACAAGAAAGCAAAGGUUAAGGGCAAGGCGAAGGGGAAGCGACGCAAGCAGGUGGAGCAGGAGGAACGAGACGAAGAAAUGACAAGCGAUGGAGAGGAGGAGGAAGAGGAGGAUAGGAGUGCACCGAAACGCAAAAAGAAAGCUCGCGAUGACAAGAAAGGUGCUGUUGCAAAGGAGAAGAAGGCGGCCACGAGCAAGUCGAAGCCGGCACGCCCACCGCCGCCAAGCAAGAGUCUCAGGCAGAAGCAACGGUCCCUGAGUUUCCUCGGUCGCGCCCCCGUCUUCCGCCGCUCCCGCAGCCUCCUGCGCAUCGGCACACCGAAGCGCAGCAAGUCGCUCGAGCCACCGCGGUCCGAAGACGAAGACGACGACGAAGAGGACGACGAGACGGCGUCGACACGGUCGCGAUCGCCAGCGCUGCUGCGGCGGCGGCGGCGGGCUGAGCCAUCAGCAUCGUCAUCGGCAGCAGCCGCAGCGCAGCGGAAGAAGCGGUGGGGGAAGGCGACGUCUGGCAUCCUGGACGACGUGACGUCCGUGUCGUGGAAGGUGCUCAACGCCAAGAAGGACGCGGUGCUGCAGGACCUCGACACGGCCCUCCACAGCUACGGACUCAGCUCAUCUGCUCGCGGGCUGCGUGAGGAGCAGUUUACGUCCAAGUUGUCGUACAUGCCGCCGCCAGCACCGGAUCUCGAGCAUAUCCGCAGUCGCGUCCUGGAAGAGGUCGACGACUACUGCACGCGCAAGCUUGCGUCGUCACCCCGCCCAACAACACCAACGCGUGCACCCGUGCAACCGGCGCGGCCAGAGAACGUGAGCGGCCUGCUCUCUGCAGACGCAGCCGCCACAACGCGACCGGCACCAGCAAAGGCAAAGGCAAAGGCAAAGUCAAAGGCAGCAGCGGCAGCGGCAAGUGCGGGCAGCAGCAAGCGGGAACUUGGCGAGUCGUGGGGUGAUGAGGAGUCGGGAGCAGGUGAACACGAGGACCGCACGGCACUCAUGGGUGACGAGUGGAACGACGACGACGACGACGAUGAAGAGGAGGAGGGCAAGGGCCGUCACGAUGGUCGUGGUGGUCAUGGCGGGGUGACGAAGCGGGACAGCAGCGUGGGCGCUGUUGAGCGCAGUCACAGCGGCGUUGGCGGUGGCCGUGUGCUGAGGAGUGGGAGUGUUGGGGCAAUGGAUGCGCCCGUGCGACGACGCAGCACAAUGGUGCGGCAGCACUCACUCAGCUUCGACAGCAGUGACAACGGCGACAAUGGCGCCAACGGCAACGGACAGCAACCGACUGCCGCUGCACAGGCCGCCACCACCACUGCCACUGCACAGCCGAGCACCAGCACAACCGCGCCCGUCGUCGUGCCAUCACAGAGCGCCGUUGGCUUUGACGACUGGGACUCUGACGAGAUCUCGGAGCUGUCAGAUGUGGACAUUCCUGCCGGCGUUCUCGCACAGAGCACGGAGCAGCUCGCAACCCGCCCGCCCGUGGCUGGCGUGAAGCCCGUGGAUGUGUCAACCUCUGAACUGCAGCGCACGCGUCAGUCGAUGUCGCCUCCCAGUUCCUUGAUGAGGUCUGUGACGGUUGUUCGCAUGGCGGAGACGACCUCUUGA